GCAAGCCAUGUGAUAUGCCUUGGUGACGUAGUGCGUCGCUGUUUACCCGUCCUUGUGCGUGACGAUAUCAGUUUCGUGAAAAAUAAAACUUUAUUGCGUCCGUUAAGAAUGCCUGCCACUGCCACUGCCUCAUCCGCAUUCUGUUGCAAUCUCGCGUUGCCUGCUGCCAUUCUGGUGCUGUUGCUUCUGGGCACUGCAGCAGCAGCAGCCUCGACACGCCGUCUCUCUGACACGAUAAAUAUUGGAUUCCUAGCGGAAUAUUCCCAGAUGAGAGUGACACUUGGCGGACUGCCACUUGCUGUGGAAGACGUUAACAAGAACCCACAUCUCUUGCCGGGCAAAAAGUUGGCCUUCAAGCCCGUAGACAUUGGCAAGCAGAGUACAUAUCGGAUCAAGUCCUUGAGGGCAAUGACCCAAAUGCGAGAGAAUGGCAUCACCGCCUUCAUCGGACCCGACGAGAGCUGUACGACCGAGGCUCUGCUGGCUGCCGCCUGGAAUACCCCAAUGCUAUCGUUUAAAUGCUCUGACUCAAUUGUCUCCAACAAAAGCACAUUUCCCACCUUUGCACGCACUCUGGCACCAGCCUCAAAGGUGUCCAAAAGUGUUAUAAGUCUGCUGAGCGCUUUCCACUGGCAAAAGUUUGCCAUCGUAGUGAGCUCCAAGCCAAUUUGGGGCUCAGAUGUAGCACGGGCCAUACAGGAACUGGCAGAGGCGAGGAACUUUACCAUCUGCCACUUUAAGUAUAUAUCGGAUUAUAUACCAAUCACGAAAACACUUUCGCAGAUUGAUAAAAUCAUAGAGGAGACCUACACAACGACACGCAUUUACGUAUUUAUCGGUGAGCAUAUAGCAAUGGUUGACUUUGUGCGUGGACUGCAGAAUCGACGGCUGCUCGAGAGCGGCGACUACAUUGUGGUGUCCGUGGAUGAUGAGAUCUACGACUCGAAUCGACGGGUGAACAUAAUGGAACGUAAUUAUUUAGAUCCUUAUAUUAGAAAAGAAAAGAGCAAAUCACUGGACAAAAUCUCAUUUCGUUCAGUUAUAAAAAUAAGCAUGACAUAUCCACAAAACCCCCAUAUUCGCGACAUUUGUUCAAAAAUCAAGGAAUAUGCGCGCAAGACUCCAUUCCUGGUGCCAUACCAUCAGCGUGUAUUCGACAACAUAUCGGUACCCAUUUACGGACUGCAUCUUUAUGACAGUGUGAUGAUAUAUGUGCGCGCCAUAUCGGAGGUUCUUAAGCUCGGCGGCGAUAUAUACGACGGAAGUCUAGUAAUGAGUCACAUUUUCAAUAGAUCUUAUCACUCAAUACAAGGAUUCGAUGUUUACAUAGAUUCCAAUGGCGAUGCGGAGGGCAAUUACACGGUAAUCACAUUGCAGAACGAUUUAAGCAGUGGCUCCGCGGGCGGAUCUCUGGCCAAGAUGUCUAUGCAGCCAGUGGGUUUCUUUGCCUACAACAAGCAUUCGCUGAUACCAGAGUUUCGAUACAUAAAGAAUGACAGACCCAUUCAAUGGCUCAACGGUCGCCCACCUUUGGCAGAGCCCCUCUGCGGCUUCCAUGGAGAGCUGUGUCCGCGCAAGAAACUGGACUGGCGGUACCUGGCCACAGGUCCAUUGUGCGCCCUAGUCGUUGUGGUGGCCAUCGCUCUGCUAAUCAAGCAUUAUCGCUAUGAGCAGACACUGGCUGGUCUAUUGUGGAAGGUGGACAUGAAGGAGGUGACGGUCAUCAAUCUGGGUGAAUAUAACAAUCCCAGCAACAAGAACAUAUUUCAAAUCUGUCGUCAAAGUAUCCUUGUGGUUGGCGAGCCCAACAAGCGGUCCUUUACAAAUAUUGCUCUUUUUCGGGGUAACAUUGUGGCCAUGAAGAAGAUUCACAAGAAGAACGUGGACAUCACUCGAUCGAUACGCAAGGAAUUGAAAAUAAUGCGUGAAGUACGUCACGAGAACAUCAUUAAUUUCAUUGGCGCCUCCACGGACCAUGGAUCCGUAAUACUGUUUGCCACUUACUGUGCCCGUGGCAGUCUGGAGGAUGUGCUGGCCAACGAGGACCUGCAUCUGGAUCACAUGUUCGUGUCGUCGCUGGUCUCGGACAUACUGAAGGGCAUGAUUUACCUGCACGACUCGGAGAUCAUAUCGCAUGGCAACCUGCGCUCCAGCAACUGCCUCAUCGACUCCCGCUGGGUGUGCCAGAUCUCGGACUUUGGCCUGCACGAGCUUAAGGCGGGUCAGGAGGAGCCCAACAAAACUGAGCUGGAAUUGAAACGUGCCCUGUGCAUGGCGCCGGAGCUUUUGAGGGAUGCCUAUCGACCGGGUCGUGGCUCACAGAAGGGGGACGUCUACUCCUUCGGCAUACUUCUUUACGAAAUGAUUGGCCGCAAGGGGCCCUGGGGCGACACCGCCUACACGAAGGAGGAGAUAAUUCAGUUUGUCAAGUGCCCGGAACUGCUGCAGCACGGCGUAUUCCGUCCGGCUCUGACGCACACCCACUUGGACAUACCGGACUAUAUACGGCAGUGUCUCUGCCAGUGCUGGGACGAGGAUCCAGAAGUCCGGCCCGACAUUCGACUUGUGCGCAUGCAUCUAAAGGAGUUGCAGGCUGGCUUAAAACCCAACAUAUUCGAUAACAUGCUCUCGAUAAUGGAGAAAUAUGCCUACAAUCUGGAGGGCCUCGUGCAGGAACGCACCAAUUUGCUCUACGAAGAGAAAAAGAAAACGGACAUGCUACUCUACCAGAUGCUGCCCAGAACUGUGGCCGAGUUACUGAAGCGCGGCGAACCCGUGGAGGCGGAGUGUUUCGAUUGUGUCACCAUACUAUUCAGUGACAUUGUGGGAUUCACGGAACUCUGCACCACCAGCACACCCUUUGAGGUGGUGGAGAUGUUGAAUGAUUUGUACACCUGCUGCGAUUCCAUCAUAUCCAACUAUGAUGUCUACAAGGUGGAGACGAUUGGGGAUGCCUAUAUGGUGGUGUCCGGACUGCCGCUACAGAAUGGCAACAGACACGCUGGGGAGAUAGCCUCCUUGGCCCUGCACUUGCUGGAGACGGUGGGAAAUCUCAAGAUACGCCACAAGCCCACGGAAACCGUUCAGUUUCGCAUCGGCGUACACUCGGGUCCGUGUGCGGCAGGUGUCGUGGGCCAGAAGAUGCCCAGAUACUGCCUCUUUGGGGACACUGUGAAUACAGCGUCGCGCAUGGAGAGCACCGGCGAGUCCAUGAAGAUCCACAUCUCAGAGCUGACGUACCAGCUGCUGCAGUCAAUUGGCAGCUAUGUCUGCAUCGAACGGGGUCUGACCAGCAUUAAGGGCAAGGGCGACAUGCGAACCUAUUGGCUCACGAAUCGCCUACAGCCCGAACUGACGCCGGAUCUGAUCAGCACCGUGGACACUGUGGAUGCCUACUGCUCCAUGAGCCGCAUCAGCAUGGAUCACCCACUGCUGCAGUACCGCAGCGCCGUGCCCGGUAACAUUAGAACGGGUGCCUGCAACUGUGCCACAAAAUGCUUAUACAGUCGUCGCUCCGAUGACAACGUGACCAACUCCCACGAGACGCCAGAGUUCCCAAAGAUGAGCGAACCGACGCAGAUCCACUGCAAUCAUUUGUGCGUCUGUCGCUUGAACAGCAGCCAACUGCUCAACAAUCGCAGUCCGCGAUCGGCGCCGAGCAUUACCUUUCGACUAUAGGAUGCCCAUAUCUUUGACGGUGGAGCCUACGAUGGGAUCGGAUCUAUAUCGAGCUAUAUGUUGAAAUAUUUCUUGACGUCCAUCAAUGUUUAUGUUUUUGUGAAUUAAUUA